AUGCCAAAGUUUGAAUGGGCGAAAUGGGUGUGGCAUAAGUUCCUACCGAAAAAGAUAUCUUUGUGUAUGUGGAAGGCUGUUUUUGGCUGUCUAAGUGUGGACUCACAGGUCCGGCGCCUUGGGAUUGCUUUAGCUUUUGGUUGUAAUUGUUGUUUGAGAAGGCAAGUAGAGACGCUGGAGCAUGUCCUCGGCAAAGGGGAUUUUGCAGUGGAAGUUUGGAAGAUGGCAUCGGCUGAGUUUAGGGUUCCUUUUGUUCCGCAGCAGGGUUGGCAGCAAAGAGUCCAGGUAUGGUUUAAUCGUGCAACACGGCAGUCUCAACUGGGUACGUUGCUGGGAUUAUUUCCUAGCGUGUUAGUGUGGCGCCUCUGGAAUAGAAGGUGUAUGGCGAGAAUGGAAGAUAGGGCUGAGUCUGUACGGGAAGUGUGGUGCUCUAUAAAAUACUGGGUGCCGAUAUUGGCAUCUCAGAUAGUCAAGGUGCAGCGCCUGUCAAUCAUGGAUGAAUACAUUCUGAGGAUAUUAAAUGUGCCGAUAGUUGAGAAGUCUAGAGUGCAGAUAAAGGUCUUGCGAUGGGUUAAACCGAGAUUGGGAUGUUUGAAGUUAAAUCUUGAUGGCAGCUGUGUUGGGAAUCCAAGUCUUGCAGGGGGUUGGGUUGCUUCAGAAUUAUAG